AUGGCGGAAAUUAUCGACGUCGACUACCUCAUUGUCGGCGCGGGCGCCAUGGGCCUCGCCUUUGCCGACACCAUGCUCAGCGACAGCAAAGCGACAAUGGCCAUUGUCGACCGCUACCACGCCCCCGGCGGGCACUGGACCGUCGCCUACCCCUUUGUGCGGCUGCACCAGCCCUCUGCCUUUUACGGCGUCAACUCGGCGCCGCUCGGCCGCGACGCCGUCGACCAGCACGGCACCAACAGGGGCCUCUACGAGCUCGCCACCGCGCACGAGGUGCUCGCCUACUACCGCCAGCUCCUGGACCGGCAGUUUCUGCCCAGUGGCCGCGUACAAUACUUCCCCAAAUGCGAGUACACGGGCGACGGCAGAUUCCACGCGGUGCUGACGGGCAAGACGUACCAGGCCGGGAGCAAGACCAAGAUUGUCGACGCCACGUACAUGAAGGUCACAGUGCCGUCCAUGGCGCCGCCCAAGUACCAUGUCGCGGCGGGAGUUGAGCUCGUCACGCCGAAUGAGCUGGUGACUCUAAAGGAAGGGCGCAGCAACUACACGGUCGUCGGGUCCGGCAAGACGGGCAUCGACACGUGUCUGUGGCUGCUGGGCCAAGGCGUGCCGCAGGACAAGAUUACGUGGAUCAUGCCGAGGGACGCGUGGCUGCGCGACCGCGAGAGCCUCCAGCCCGGCGACUUGUUUGGCGAGCGCCGCGCGGGGACUCUGCAGCUGAUGCAGCGCGCGGCGGCGACGUGCGCCUCGGCCGACGACUACCUGGACCAGAUGGAGCAGGGCGGCGAGGCGAUUCGCCUGUCGCGCGACAUUCGUCCCGCGUCGUACCGCUGCGCAACCGUCUCCGUCGCCGAGCUGGACGCGCUCCGCAACAUUUCCAACGUGAUCCGCCAGGGCCGCGUCGUGUCCAUCACCGCAGAUCAAGUCACGCUGCAGCACGGGGCCUACACGCCGCAGCCGGGUACGCUCUACGUCGACUGCUCGACCGAUGGCCUCGCCAAGCUGCCGCCCGUGCCCGUCUUCCAGGGCCGGACGCUGCGGCUGCAGCCCGUCCGCCCGUGCCAGCAAGUCUUUAGCGCCGCCUUUAUCGCGCACGUCGAGGCCACCUACGGCAAAAACGACGACGACGAUGACGAGGCGGAGGCGCUGAAGAAUACGCUGUGCCGCCCGGUGCCGCAUCCAAACGUGCCGAGUGACUGGCUCGUCACCAACAUUCUCCACGGCAGGGCCAGGGCGCUGUGGCUCUCGUACCCGCAGACGAGGGCCUGGCUGGCGGCGUCGCGGCUCAACUUUGAGAAGCACUGGCUGCCGACGGACAAGGCGGCGAGGGAGGCGCUGGUGGCGGGUGGAAUGUCCAGGGAGAGGCAGAAGCAGUCGAAUCAGCUGCUGCAUAGGCUGUAUGGGGUUCUGGAUACGCUGCCAGAGGAGGAAGCGGCGGCUGCAAAGGCGUUGAUUGGUGACUUGCCCAAGAUGGAGUAG